ACCACCGACAAUUUAGUCUUUGACGAAGUUGAAUGGCGAGCGGGUGUGCAUAGCGGUUGAAUAAGUUACGUAUAAGCGAAUGAAAACGCGCGUAUUUUUGUGAAUUUACCGUUGCGAAUCAAGUGAUGAAAAUUGUUGAAACAAUUGCUUGUAACAAGCAGGCAGCACAACAAUAACAACAACAGCAACAAAUCAAUGUAAAGUGAACAAAGUGUGAAGAAGAAGAAGUGAAUGUUUAUGUGAGUGCGACAAGAUGAGCGAUCAACGGUUAAAUUUGUAAACAAGAAGCGAAAUUCAAACCCGUUAGCUGAGACCAAUUCCAAUUGGAGUAAAAGCAAACAAGCUCAAGUCAAACUAAAGAGGCAUAAUUUAAAAAAAAAAAAAAAAAAAAAAAAAAAAAGAAACAAACAAAUAAAAUGGAGGACGAACUGCGUUGUCCCACCUGCAAGCAGCUGUACGCGAAUCCUGUGCUGCUGCCCUGCUUCCACGCCCUCUGCCUGGGCUGUGCAUUGGAUAUACAGACGCCCUAUACACCGGGCGCUGCAUUGACAGCCGCUGCUGCUGCGGCCACUGGCGCUGCUGGCGUCGGCGUUGGCGCUGUCAGCGGCACCUCAGCUGUUGCCCACAAUGGACAGCAUUCGGCUGCUGGAGCAGCGGCAGCGGUGGGCGGGUCCUCAGCCGGACCGGGCCCGGGCACGGGCACCCGGCACAGUUCACACAGCUCGGCGGCGAGCACCGCCAGCUCGGCCACGGGCAGCGAGAGCGUCACCUCCGACCAGGAUCAGUCGGACAAGGUGAGCAUCUUCAGCGAGGCCGACUCGGGCGUCGUCUGCUGCUCGAACACAUCCCGGCCGGUGUCGUAUGCCGGCACCGGGCAGCUACAGGGCCUGCUCCAGGGCGGCGUGGUGGCGCCACCUGGUGCCGCCUACUGUCUCACCUGCCCGCUGUGCAGGAAGCUCGUGUUCUUCGACGAGGGUGGCGUGCGCAACCUGCCCACCUAUCGCGCCAUGGAGGCCAUUGUCGAUCGCUUCUGUGCCCGCGAGGCGCUGCGCUGCCAAAUGUGCGAGUCCGACCCGAAGGUCGCAUCGCUGAUCUGCGAGCAGUGCGAGAUUCGCUACUGCGACGCCUGCCGGGAGCUCUGCCACCCGGCACGCGGCCCCCUGGCCAAGCACACGCUGGUGAAGCCGCGCGGCGCCGCCCAGCAGCGGGAGUCCGUAUGCGGCGAGCACGAGGAGACCCUCUCCCAAUACUGUCUCAGCUGCAAGAUGCCCGCCUGUGGCCAGUGCAUCGGGGAGCAACGCCAUCAGACGCACGAGGUGCAGUCCAUCAAUGUCACAUGCAAGGCACAAAAGACGGAACUCUCACACAAUCUGCAACAAUUGUCGGAGAAGGCACGUUCCACAACCGAAUUCAUACAGCGGCUCAAAGGCAUGAGCGACAAAGUAACCGAAUCCUGCAUUGAGUUCGAGCGUCUUGUGCACGCCCAGUGCGAGGCGCUCAUUCAGGCCAUACACGACCGACGCGAAUAUCUGCUCGAGGCGAUUCGCAUGGACAAGGAUACCAAAAUCAGAAUACUAAAGGAUCAGCAAUCGAAUUGCACGGGUAAACUGCAGCAGACAACGGGACUCAUUCAGUUCUGCAUUGAGGCAUUGAAGGAGACGGAUAGCGCUGCCUUCUUGCAGGUCGGCUCCAUGUUAAUCAAUCGCGUGGCCAACACAGACAUGACCUGGCACCAGGAGGUCACAAAUGCUGCGCCUCGCGUCUCGCCCAUUGUUGACUUGACUCUGGACGAUGUUGCCGUCGCACGAGCCAUAGACAAUUUGAACUUUAUACAAAUGAAAGUCAAAGAUGAGGAUGAAAGAUGUCCGGCAGCACCCUCGACGCCGACAAUUUUGCCAGCGGAUUGCUCAGCGGAGAACAAUUCUGUGACUGUUGCGUGGCAGCCACCGAGCCAUUGCUUUGUCGAGGGAUAUGUCCUGGAGCUGGACGAUGGCAGCGGCGGCGAGUUCAGGGAAGUUUAUUGCGGCAAGGAAACAAUUUGCACCGUUGACGGUCUCCACUUCAACUCCAUGUACAAUGCGCGCGUGAAGGCCUUCAACAGCGCCGGCGAGGGUGAAUACUCGGAGCUGAUUGGACUGCAAACAGCGGAAGUGGCCUGGUUCACGUUUGAUCCCGUGCUGAGCGGCGGAGCUGGCUCUGGACUAAUCUUUAGCAAAAAUAAUGCCACCGUCUCUGUGGAGGGCUGGGAGCAUCGUGUGGCCCUUGGAUCUGUGGGCUUCUCGCGCGGCGUCCACUACUGGGAAUUCACCAUUGACAACUAUACGGCGGACACGGAUCCGGCAUUCGGUGUGGCCCGCAUCGAUGUGGCCAGGAACAAAAUGUUGGGCAAGGAUGAAAAGUCGUUUGCCAUGUACAUUGAUCGCCAGCGCUCGUGGUUCCAGCACAAUUCCAUACACGAGCGUCGCGUCGAGGGCGGCAUUACCACGGGCAGCACAAUUGGCGUGCUGCUGGAUCUGGAGCGGCACACGCUCAGUUUCCUGGUGAACGAGAUGCCGCAGGGCUCGGUGGCUUUCCGGGAUCUCUAUGGUGUCUUCUAUCCAGCGGUGAGCAUCAAUCGCGGCGUCACCUUGACUAUGCACACGGCUUUGGAUGCGCCCAAAAUGGAUUAUUUCUAGAGAGAGAAAGAGAGAGAGAGAGAGAGAGAGAUGGGAGGAGUAGCGAAUUGUGUACAUAUAGCUUGACAUUUAGUAGUUAUCGGUGUCUAUAUGCAUAUAAACUUAUACUAUGUAGCCUAUAGCAUAAUCUAUAUA